AUGUUUUAUACGACGAACAUUGUGCCAAUUUCGAUAUUAAUUUUUUCGAUUAUUGGAAACUGUUUAUGUGAUGCUAAAUUGAACUCUUCAAAAGAUGUCAAUGUGCCACCUACAUCGUCAGCUCCGACGACGACGUUAUUAUCCACCGAAGUAGACUAUUCCACAAAGUCUAGUAUAAAGCUAUUACAGACUUCGCUAAACUCACUCGCUCUAACAACAAAAGAGGAUGCUAAAACAACGACCAGAACCGUUACUACCGAGAACCCGACCACGGUUCGCAAAGUAACGACUCAAGUGUAUGCAAGCACAAAAGGCUCGCUGAAAAGUGCAAGAAGGCAAAAGUUAAACACUACAUCUAGUGCACUCGGGAACGUUGUACAUACUUCAACGCGGUUACAAGACCGCCUCGGGGCUUUAGACUGCGAUCUACCCGUGCUGCCGAGAGAGUCGCGUUUGUGGCGAGGAAAUGAGACUCACGAGCUUAAUUUACCUGUCACGAUCUCGGAGGAAUGUAUGGGCGGACGCGGUGGAAGUGAUGAGGACUGUUCACCUGUUAUCGUGUCGUGGGAGGGAUCUGCUGACAUUCAAAGUGGAGAUAUUCUUAUCGUUCGCAUCGCCUACUUUACCCCGGUCGACACUUUGGUCCACGUCGAUGGUGCGAACGAAACUACUGACGCGAACACUUCACACAACGAGGACAGAUCACACCAUUUUAUCCUACAACCUGCAGUGUAUCAGGUAACGCGGCAAGGUCACGAGCACUGUGACGUGUCAGAUGGGAUGCUACUUGACAUUACACCACUCGAUGAAAAGUCGGCCAAAAUUUUUACUCUCUACGAUAAGGAUCUCACAGAAGGCGUUAAUUUACUAAUAGUUGUCUCAGAAAACUGGGGAUCCCAAUGUAUCCGUCUAAAAGUAACCGUAAAAUCGGAUAACUGUGGUGAGUCUCAAGACUGUUCUGGAAAAGGAGUUUGUUAUACCAACGUUUCUAUGGAAGGUUACGAGUGUCAGUGUUGCCUAGGAUACGUUGGGCAGCAUUGUGAGGACAGGGACGUAUGCUAUCCAUCACCGUGUUUGAAUAAUGGUAUAUGUGUCGACCUCACGCAACCUCAAAAUGGCGCAAACUAUCACUGCUUGUGUCCAUAUGGUUUUACUGGAAGAAAAUGCGAGAAAGACCCGUGCUCCUCAGCUCCAUGUGUCAAUGGCGGAUCGUGUAUGAGUAUGGCGUUAAAUGGCUCUACAACAUUUCACUGUGCGUGCUCUGAAAAAUGGACUGGACCUAACUGCGAAAGCCCCGUUACAGGGGGCGCAUGUGCAUCGAAUCCUUGCAAUAAGGGUAUUUGCGUUGACGAAAUCGAUAAUGAAAAAGAAGGUCCGAAAUAUCGCUGCUUUUGUGAACCAGGAUAUACAGGCGACCAAUGCGAGUUGGAAUACAAUGAAUGUGAAUCGUCACCUUGUGCGAACGGCGGCACGUGCACCGAUCGCGUCGGCAGGUUCGAAUGCUCGUGUGGACGCGGGUACGCCGGCGAUACUUGUCAAUUGAAGGUUGAUCUUUGUAAUCCCAAUCCGUGUCCUGCACAUCGAUACUGUACGGACCAUGGAAACACAUACAGUUGCGAAUGUCCGAGUGGUUUUGUCGGCGAAGAUUGUCAUAUAUCAGCUACGUCGGCUUGUGACAACAAUCCCUGUGCUCAUGGAGGUACAUGUUGGAACGGUGUGGAUUCUUUCUACUGUUCGUGCAGGCCUGGGUAUACUGGAAGAUUAUGUGAAGAGGACUUCAUACUGGAAUCAGUAAUUGAUGGCGAGAGCGAGGCGGCGCAGUCGCGCGGCGGCGGCUCCGUCCGCGAGCUGCGCCUUCCGCUCGGCCUCUACCACGACCGCCUGCACAACGUCUACAUCGCGGCGGGGACGCUCGGCGCGGCCAUCGCCAUAGUUGGCGUUGUGGUGACUGCGUGUCACUGCCGGGUGAACAAGACGUACUCGCGCUUGCUGUCGAGAUUGUCUCGCGUGUCUGAGCAGGGCCCGCCUCACCACUGGCUGCAGGACAAGCGGACGAACGCUGCACCUUUCCAGUCUCCAGCUGCUCUCGACACUACUGACAUGUAUUACACCCUUGACCUCAGCGACAGCCAGAGCUCCCCACUCAUACAAUAGCCAUCACUCGUGAACUGCUCCGACGGGGAACGGUUCAAAAUACAAAUAUAAAUAUCCAGUUGACAUUGUCUUAAUGGUUGGUGUGUUUAAAUGAUAUGCAUUCGAUCGAUUUGAUCGGCUUCAUUCUAUGUGGUACUGGGCGUUCAGGGAAAUUUAUUCGCGUAAAAUUAUAUAAUGCUAUAUGUACUUGUGAUGAUAAGUGUUGUAAAGCAAUAUCUAAAUAUAUGAUGCUUAAACUUAUUAUAAUGUAAUUAAUAUUAUACAUAAUAUACAGAGAGCUCCAUCAGUGCUUGAAAGCUUUGAAUUUGUCAGGUAUUUAUAUAUAGUGAAUUCAAAGGGUAAAACUUCAAAAAAGUAGAGACAGAGAUUUAAUUUUAUAUAACCAGCUAUAAAAUAGUUUAUUUAAAAAUUACUUGUGCUAUAUUUGGUUCACAAAAAAGACAUUUUAUCAAUUAUUAAUGAAAAUCAGAUUUAAUAAAAAUAAUAAUAAAAAACGCGUGAACAAUUUUUUAGUUUAUUAUUGAAAUUGGUAAUAAGUAAAGUUUACUGAAAAGGACUUUGUAAACAACACAUUAUUGUAUUAAUUUUGUUUAAUAUUUCUGGUUAUUAAUGGACACUUAAGUGCCUGCGGAACACAGAAAUAUUUGGGUUUAACACGCCUGAUUAUGAAACGUGUCUGUGUGUAUAAACACUCUACUUAUAAUUGAUCACUAAGAACGUACAAAUAUAGGAGUAAAAUGUCGCAUUCUAUGAAAGAUGUAUAAAAAUUACAAUUCAUAUAUUUUGUUCUGAUAACAUUCAUGUUUUAAAUAAAUGUUAGUGGAUAGUAAUGGAAACGAAAGGACUGACCUUCAACGUAGACGCUUUUACUGUUCUUUGUCUUUCAAUCUCGUUCAAAUUGUCUUCUUAGUCAAAACUUUUAAUAUUGCAAUUGUUUCUUUACUCAGUCUUAGGUGCAAUAGAUUAAGAUCAGACUUUCUCAAUGAUAAAAAAAAAUCUAUUUGUUCUUGACGCUUUCGUGGAUUAAAGCUUUUUUCAUGUAAACUUGCUAUAAUAGUUGUUGUAAAUCGUGAUAAAUAAAAUUUAUUAAACGGA